GGCACUGACUGGCAUCACUGCUGGGCACUGACUGGCAGCACUGACUGGCACAACCGCUGGGCACUGAAUGGUGGCACUGACUGGCAGCACUGCACUGGUGGGUGGCACUGGUGGACAGCACUGGUGGGUGGGCACAGGUGGGUGGCACUGGUGGGCACAGGUAGGUGGCACUUCUGGGCACAGGUGUGUGACACUGCAGAGUGGCACAGGUGGGUGCACUGCUGGGCACAGGUGGGUGAUCUGCUGGGCACAGGUGGGCGGAACUUGCGGGUGGCACUGCUGGGCACCGAUCAUCAGGGCACUGAUCAUCAGUGCCCUGAUGAUCGGUGCCGAUCCCCGCUCUGACAACUGCCGGUUCUCGGCAGUACUUUCCUCACGAUCUGACAGCGUGAGGAAAGUGCAGCCGAGAACCGGCACUUGC